AUUCACUGUUUCGUUCCGGUGUAAUUUUCAUUCCAUGUGACAGGAACCCUUAAGCCGAUUGCCUUGGCGUGACAUUUAUGAAUCGAAUAUCGGCGAGAUAUUACGACAAUGCCGAAAGAUAUCAGAUCCUACUUCGCUCCGGUGGCGAAGAAGAACAGCGAGCCUGCUGCUCAAAAGCCUCGGAAACGGCGGGUCAUUUCGGUAUUUUCGUCAGACGAGGACGAAGAGAAACCACGGUCGUCCAUAAAACGCUCUAACGUUGUAAAAACAUUGAAAUCUUCUAUUUUGUCUGACUCUGAGGACGAGGUAGUCAUCCUUAAAGAUAAUAAAAAAGAAUCUAGUCCUUCUAUAGCAAGUAAGAAAAACAAAGGCAAGGAUUCAUCUAAAGCAGUACCUUUUAAUGAAUUAUUUAGCAAGAAGCCUAUAACCAGAGUAGAAGAGGCAAAAGUGAUUCAAAAAUUACAGAAAGUGGAAUCUCAGUUUCAUGACGAUGAAGAUUUUGAUGCUGUGCUUAAACAAUUAGAUGUAGUUCAAGAUACUUCGAUACAGGAUAAACAGAAGGAUAAAAACAGCAUUAAAAAAGUAGAUAGUCCUAAGAAAUCAAAAGCUAUAGUUAAAACAGAAGUGGACUCUAAUAAGAACAGAAAACAUAAUAAUAGUUUGAAAGAUUGCAAUAGUAAAACUAAUAAUACGAAUGAACUAAAAUCUGAGGUAAAAAAAUCUCCCUAUAAAAAUAAUGUAUAUUCAAAAGUUACAAAUUCUUCUCCAAAACAGAAUUUACAACAAGAGGAAAAAGGUAGCUUGAAUGGAAACUUAGAAAAAGACAAUGAUAUAGAAAAGUUAUCAAGUAGAAAGAAAGUCAAAAAAAUGGAAGAGAAUUUAUUUGAAGAUAGGAAAGAAAUGAAGAAACAGCGUGCUUUAAUGUAUGAAAAAUAUCUUCAGAGAGGCGGCGCUAGAAAUCCUGGUUCAAAAGAGAUCCCUAUAGGUGCUGAAAAUUGUUUAGUCGGAAUAAGUUUCGUAAUUACUGGUGUAUUGGAUUCCUUAGAAAGAAAUGAAGUUGAGGAUUUAGUACGAAAAUAUGGUGGCCGGAUCGUAAAUUCUAUAUCAAGCAAAGUAAAUUAUAUUAUUGUGGGAGAUGAGGCUGGUCCAAGCAAAUUGACAAAAGCUAAUAAUUUAAGUAUCAAACAGAUAUCUGAAGAUAAUCUCCUUGAAAUGAUUCGCACGAAACCGGAAGGUAAAGCUGCGCACAUUAAGCCGACAAAAGCAAGAUCAAAUGUGAAAAAGACAUUUAGUAAAGAGAGCGAUAAAUUACUGUCACCGAACAAAACAAAAGCAUUAGAUUCACUUGAAAAUAUUAAAACACCACCAUCUUCACCAGUGAAAAUCAUUGUGAAUACGAAAACGUCACCAGUAUCAAAACAGACUUCAGAUGCAAGCAAUAAUACACAGAAAAUAAUAACGAGUAUUGGAUCAGAACCAUUAGUUGAGAAAUAUAGACCAAAAACUAUGAAGCAGAUUAUAGGUCAGCAAGGAGAUAGGAGCUGUGCACAUAACUUAUACAUAUGGCUACGUGAUUGGCAUCAAAAUCGUCAAAAAUUCAAAGACAGCAAUAGCAAGCAAAUUCACGGACAAAGCUUUAAAGCUGCUUUGCUGUCAGGCCCACCGGGUGUUGGUAAAACAACAACUGUGCAAGUCGUUUGUAAAGAAUUAGGAUAUGAUCUUGUAGAAUUCAAUGCUUCCGACACGAGAAACAAAACACUUCUGAAAGAAGCAGUCUCAGGGUUAUUAUCCAACACCACGAUGAAAGAUUAUAUCACAGGUACGAAACAAAAAAUUACGAGCAAGCAUGUGCUGUUGAUGGAUGAAGUCGAUGGUAUGGCUGGUAACGAAGAUCGUGGUGGUUUACAGGAAUUAGUUAAUUUAAUAAAACACACGGAUGUGCCAAUUAUCUGCAUAUGUAAUGACCGAUUUAAUACGAAAGUGAAAACUAUUUCUACACACAGCUACGACCUGAAAUAUCCGAAGCUCAGAGUGGAACAGAUCAGGAGUUCUAUGAAGUCUCUGUGCUUUAAAGAGAACAUUAAAAUCUCAACGGAGGAUCUCGAUCGUUUAAUCGAAUCGACGAAUUAUGAUAUUCGACAAGUAAUAAAUCAUCUGGAGUUUCUCGGCACCCAAAUGUCUCACGUAAAGACAACUGAUAAAAAACAUUCGAAUAAGAACUUUAAACUCGGUCCAUUCGAUGUUAUAAAAAUAGCAUUUAAUGCAGAAGAGCAAAAAAAUAUGAGUUUGAAUGAUAAGAUCAGUUUAUAUUUCCACGAUUACAAUAUAGCGCCUCUUUUUAUACAAGAAAAUUAUCAGGGAGUUAGAUCUCAAGUGUCACCUCGUCAGAGGCUGGAAAGAAUUGCCAACGCAGCUGAUAGUAUAUCUCAGGGGGACCUCAUCGAGAAGGUAAUGAGAAGUAACAUGAUGUGGAGUCUACUUCCAUUACAUGCUUGUUUCUCAUUCGUUAUACCAGCUAAUGAAAUGUCAGGAAGCUCUGACGGGUUGAUACGAUUCCCGAGUUGGUUUGGACGAAAUUCGAAGGCAACGAGGUUUAAUCGAUUAUUGCAAGAGUUGACGUCGCAUACACGAUUAUCUACGGGUGCAAACAAGGAUGCCCUGAAUAUGGAUUAUUUGCCUCAUAUUCGAAACGCUAUUAUAAAACCUUUGAUAGAUAAUGGUGUAGAUGGUAUAGAAGCAGCGAUAAAUAUUAUGGGACAAUAUCAUUUAACUAGAGAAGACUUGGAUUCAGCAAUAGAAAUUUCUCUUUGGCCAGGAAUGUGCGAUUCUACCAGUAAUCUUAAUAGCAAAGUAAAAGCAGCGUUUACACGCGCAUAUCAAAAGAAUCCUCCUAUGCUGCCGUACGCAAUUAAUAGUACUGCAGUAGCAAAGAAAAGAUCUAGACAGGAUAAUGAUGUCAUAGAUGAAGUAGAAGAUGAUGAGGAGGAAGAAAUUGACGAUAUUGAUUUUGAUAAGAUGAUCAAGGCGAAAAAAGCUACUGUUGCUAGUACUAGCAAAGCUGCUUCAUCGACGAGAAAACGUGGCGAACCAGCUAAGAAACGAGGAAGAGUACGCGGUAAAGAAAAAUAAAAGAGGAAUGCACAUUUUAUUUAUAAAAACUUGAAACAAAUAAUACAAAAG